AUGGCGGGUGGAGUCAUCUUGACUGCUAUGGCGCUGGUGAGUAGUUCUGCUGUGGUCUACACCAUCUAUCUUCAUCAGACUCUUUCUCGCAAGAUCAGUCAUCGCAGCGGGAUUGGACUGCCCACAGCGGACGAUGACAGCGAGACAAAAAUCGCGUCUCUACCUCCUGAUCUCGACGAUCCCUCCAAAUACCAUGUUAUCCACGAUAUCGCUUCCAAACGUGUCCCCUCCGCAAAGCUCCCGACCUUUACCGAUCCCAACCUGCUGUUGACAAAGUAUUUGCGGAGAAACAUGACUUGCUUUUUCCAGGACCCCAACGGCGUGGCUGUUACGGCUCGUCUUCAAAAGCCCUCAAGCGAGGAGGACAUUUGA